GUGUGGGCCGGGCGAGGGGCGGUGCUGCGAGCGGGCCGCUAGGGGGCGCUGUGGCGCGGCGUCGGCUGCAGUGCGUGCGGCCAUGUCCCGUUGGGGCCCCGCUCAGCAGGAGCCCGAGUGGGGGCCCGAGGCCUGGCAGCAGCUCCCGAACGCGGGCCCCGAGGGGGCGAAGCCGUCGGCGGUGCCCGAGGUGUCGCUGUGGACGGUGGUGGCGGCGGUGCAGGCGGUGGAGCGGAAGGUGGAGUCGCAGGCGCUGAGGCUGCUGAGCCUGGAGGGCAGAGCAGAGACAGCCGAGCAGAAGGUGACCGGGCUGGAGAAGGCGGUGCUGGACUUCGGCAGCCGGCUGGAGCGCCGCUGGGCCGCCCUGGCCACCCUGCUGCAGGAGAGCUCCCGCCGCCUCGACCACGUUGAGCGCCAGCUCCAGCACCGCGGUGGGCCCGGGCCCGGUAUGGUCCUUGCCGGGGACGAGCCCAAGAUGCCAGCGGCAUGCGAGGAUGAGGUGGCAGGCUUGCCAGAGCAGGAAUGGGGGAGCAUGGACAGCCAGCAGAAGGAGAUCUCCAGGAUGGCGAUGAAGGGGAAUUACGAUGAGGCUGGCGUCUUCCUUGGACCUGCAGAUGACAGCUCCAAACCCACUCUGCUGCUGCCAGCCGAGGAUAGGGAGGAUCCGGGUGCGAGGACCCAGGGGCUGCCGGAUGAGGGAUCCAUGCUGGGGCACCUCGGCUGCAGUGAGAACAUCGUGAUCAAGACAGAAGAGCAGCAGCCCCAGGAGGAAGGACCACAAGUCCUGGCUCUGCCAGAGGCACCCUCACUGAGGCUGGAAGAGGAGGUUCCCCUGAGCCAGGAGCAGCCGGUGCCCUGGGAGCACCAUGCUGCCAUGGAUGGGCAGAAGGCAGAAGGAACGGGCUUAGGGGACUUCUGCCCAAACGAAACCACCACCCAGCUUGAAUUUAAGCCCGUGGUGGUGCCAGUGGAAGCUCACCCUGCCCCAGGCUUGCCCUUCCCAACAGAGCAUGUGCUUGGUGUGGGGAAUGACCAGCCAUUUGCCCUGUCCCAAGGCAUGCCGCUGGGAGCAGAAACCAGCGCGGAGGUGGCUUCAUCGCAGCUCAGCUCGGGGGAGCAUCGUCCUUGCGCCCGGGGGGAAGAGCCCUGUGCGUUCCCACUGGGCUGGAAGAGCGCCCGGCUGAAGCGCAACCUCCUGGCACGGCAGCAGAGCAAGGCGAGGAAGAGCAAUGGCUCCUUCAUCUGCACAGCCUGCGGGAAGAGCCUGGCCCAUCACGCUGCGCUGCUGCGGCACCAGCGCCUGCACACGGGCGAGCGCCCCUUCCAGUGCCCGGCCUGCGGGAAGAGCUUCAACGAGAAGUCCAACCUCAACAAGCACUACCGCAUCCACACCGGGGAGCGCCCCUACCGCUGCCCUGCAUGCGGCAAGGGCUUCAUCCAGAAGCACCACCUCCAGAAGCACCAGCGCAUCCAUGGGGUACAGCUGCGGGGUGGCUGGGCAGGCCGGGCCCCACGGGCCAGCGCUGCCGGGGAGCGGCUCUACCGCUGCAUCGAGUGUGCCGAGAGCUUCCCCCAGAAAGUCUCUCUGGAGGAGCAUCAGCGCAGGCACACGCAGCAGCGGCCCUUCCAGUGCAGUGGCUGCACCAAGAGUUUUCGGCACCGGCAGUCUCUGAACCACCACCAGAAGAUCCAUGCUGUGGCCAGCUCUCCUGCUGUCAGCUUGCCAAACCACGACCGGGAGCUGGAGACCAGCCCCUGUGCCGCUUUGACCCAGGAUAAUCGGUAGCGUGAGGGGUGCACAAGGGAAGGGGCAGUGUUUUGUUUCUCUGGGCUGCUCCGCAGAGGUGUGGCAGCCCCCGACGAUGGAACACACGAGGUGGCUGGUUUCACACCGCUGUGGGGCUGUCCACAAUACUGUGGGGCUGGUGGUACCACCAUGGGGCUCUGCACUGUGUGGGGCUCCAGGAGGAGGAGGAAGGAGGAAGGCUGAAGUGCUCUGCAGGCAGCAAAACAUGCAGGGGGUGAAGAGACUGGCCUGAAACAGUGGAGGAGGUUCUGGGAUCCGGAGCUGAGCCGGGUUGUGCCGCUGCCCUGUGAUGAGGGAUCUGGCUGAGGAAGAGCCAUGUUGGGCACUAUGAGGUGGUUGAACUCAGGGUUAUUGAACACCACCAGCAUGGCAGGGGUGAGGGGUAGAGGCUGGUCAGCAGCUGGGGAAGAGACACGGAUAAAAGACUGGGCUGA